AUGGCUAUCACUCCAGAAAACUUCAAGUUCGAAACUCCACAAUUCGACCCAAGAUUCCCAAACCAAAACCAAUCUAAGCAUUGUGCUCAAUCUUAUGUUGAUUACCAUAAAUGUAUCAAUGUCAAAGGUGAAGAAUUCGAACCAUGCAAAAUCUUCUUCAAGACCUUCACUUCCUUAUGUCCAUUAGACUGGGUAGAAAAAUGGGAUGACCAAAGAGCUGCUGGAAAGUUCCCAAUUGACUUGGAUGCUUAA